CGUCCAUUGCGGGGUCGAUGGCGCGGGUGGACGCGCGGCCCCGCUCGCUGCUCGACCCGGAGCGCGUUCCCGCGGGCGCGGCCCCGCUGAGUGCCGGUGACGAGGACGGUGCGCGGCCCCGCGGCUGAUGGGCGAGGCGGGUGAGGCAGAUGUGGGGCCUAGUGCAGGCUCUGGGCCUUGGGCUUCAGGCCGCCUACUCGUGGCCACGGCCGCUGCCGUCUUGUUGCCGGUGCUGGCGACGUGGUGGUGCCGCGCGGGCACGGGGGCGGGAGCGGGGAGCGCGCUGGCGGGCACGAGCAGGCGCGGCCCCGGGCGCGCACCACUGGCUCUACUCUGACCUGUUCGGCCGCCCCACCUACUGCAGCGCCUGCGGCCUAGCGGCCUUGCUGGGCCCUUACUGCCCCUGCUGCGGGGCCUGUGUCCACUCGGCCUGUCUAGCUGCUGCUGACCGACAACUGCGCUGUAAACAGCCGCUCACAGACGCCCCCGGCCCGGCCCCGCACCACUGGCUCCGGGGGAACCUGCCACUGUGUAACCGCUGCGCUGCCUGUGGCCUCCAGUGCGGCUCCAACCCGCGGCUCUGUGACCAACGCUGUGUGUGGUGUCAACAGGUCGCCCAUGAUGAAUGUCUGUCCCUCCUGCCCCCCGGGGCCUGUCCCCUCGGCCCACUGCCCAGGGCCGUACUACCCCCGCACUACCUGCACUCUGUCCGCCGUGGGCCCCGGGAACCGCCCGCAGACCCCGCACAGUACACCCACAUGUGUGUGGAGAACUGGAGCCCCGUGCUGGUGCUGGGGAACAGUCGCAGCGGCAGCAACAUGGCGCAGAGUCUGAUGGGCGAGUUCUGCACCAUUCUCAACCCCAUGCAGGUGGUGGACCUGGACUCGGUGACUCCGUACAAGGCGCUGCAGCUGUGCACAAUGUUGCCGCCUGGCUCUGCCCGCGUGCUGGUGUGCGGUGGUGACGGCACGGUGGGAUGGGUGCUCGACGCCAUUGACGAGAUGAAGUACAAGGGCCAGGAGGCCUAUGUUCCAGCCGUGGCCAUCCUGCCCUUAGGCACCGGGAACGACCUGUCACGGACGCUGGGCUGGGGGGCCGGCUAUGCUGGUGACACCCUCGCCCUGCACUUUCUGCAGCUGGUGCUGGACGGACAGGCACAGACCCUUGACCGAAUGAACAACUACUUCUCCAUCGGCCCCGACGCGCUGAUGGCGCUGAACUUCCACGCGCGCCGGCAGCAGAGUCCAGGCCUCUUCUCCAGCCGCCUGCUCAACAAGGCUAUGUAAUUCUUCUACGGGACCAGGGACUGCCAUGGUGUGCAGACCUGUCGCGACCUGGACCAGAAGAUCGAGCUGGAGAUGGACGGAGAGCGGGUGUCGCUGCCGAAGCUGGAGGGGGUGAUCGUCCUGAACAUCGCCUACUGGGGCGGGGGCUGCCGGCUGUGGGAGGGCACGGGCAGCCAGACCUGCCCCCCCGCCAGUCACCAGGAUGGGCUGCUGGAGGUGGUGGGUGUUUAUGGUUCCUUCCACUGCGCUCAGAUCCACGUGGGUCUGGGACCCCUGCGGCUGGGACAGGCCCACACUGUGCGGCUGACCCUGAAGAGCUCGGUGAUGCCGAUGCAGGUGGAUGGGGAGCCGUGGGAUCAGGGUCCCUGCACCCUGCUCAUCUCCCACAAGACACGGGCCCUCAUGAUCCAAGCUCCCCCCGGAACCAGCGACCAGGAGGAGGGGCCCAAGGGCAGCCAGGAGACCCUCAGCACUGAGGGCCCCUGACCCCGGACCCCGAAGAUGCACUUUACUGUGGCGGGGGAAGUGGGGACCACGGGGGUGGGCGACUGGGGGACGGUGCCCACAUAAGCCUGGCCACUCUUCUGCACUGGGGAUCGAGACCAGACCCUGGGCUAGAAUCCCCCAGUGAGAGGGUGUAGAGGCACAGAGCCUGCACCCAGUCUCCCCCACACCCUCCCCCUGCCUCAGCUGUGGGCAGUGCCCACUCCCCCUCCUUGUCCAGGCAGUGGGCAGUGCCAAUGAGCAGUGGGCUUUACGGUGCUCCUGCCGUGGGCACCUUGGGAACCGCUGCUGGCACAGCGUGGUCUGGUGACCAACAUGGGUGGUCUGGGCGCAGUGACCAUGACUUGACGUGUGUGGGCAGUGACCGGUCACGAGGUAGGUGUGUGUGUACGUGUGUGGGUGCAUGCACGUCUGUACACGUGUGUGGGUGCAUGCGUGUGUGUACACGUGUGUGGGUGCAUGCGUGUGUGUACACGUGUGUACAUGUGCGUGUAUAUGUGUGUGUGCACGUGUGUACAAUUGUGUGUGUAUGUAUGUGUGUAUACGUGUGUGUACACAUGUUUACUUGUGUGUGUACACUGCGUGUGUGUACAUGUGUGCGUACGUGUGUAUGUAUGUGUGCGUGUGUACGUAUGUAUGUGUGUGUGUGUGUGCACUGUACGUGUGUGUUUACCGGUAUGUACAUGUGUGUGUGUGUACGUAUGUGUAUGUGUACGUGUGUGUGUACGUAUGUGUGUAUACAUAUGUGUGUACGUAUGUGUGUGUGUACGUAUGUGUGUGUGCGUGCGCGUGUAUAUGUGUGCAUGCACGUGUGUACAAUUGUGUGUGUAUGUGUGUAUACGUGUGUGUACACUGUGUGUACAUGUGUGUAUGUAUGUAUGUGUACACCGUGUGUGUGUACGUGUGUAUGUAUGUGUGUACGUAUGUGUAUGUACGUAUGUGUGUGUGUACGUAUGUGUGUACGUGUGUGUGUACGUGUGUAUGUGUGUGUGUACGUAUGUGUGUGUGUACGUAUGUGUGUACAUAUGUGUGUACGUAUGUGUGUGUGUACGUAUGUGUGUGUGCGUGCGCGUGUAUAUGUGUGCAUGCACGUGUGUACAAUUGUGUGUGUAUGUGUGUAUACGUGUGUGUACACUGUGUGUACAUGUGUGUAUGUAUGUGUGCGUGUGCACGUAUGUGUGUGUGUGUACACCUGUGUGU